AGAACCCUUUCCCCUCUUCGUCUAUAAAUAGAACCCUACCCCUCUCGUAGUUUUCUCUUUGUCCAAUCUGCCUCUCUUUCCAAUUCCCCCGUUCCCCAUCUUGCGAAGAACAAAAAAUCACUUACACUCCCAAAUUCAUUUUAUUUAAAAAUCAAAAAGUCCCUUAAAAAAAUUAACCCCACUCUGUAUACUUCUAUCAAUUGAUACUUUAACAAUCAUCACGAAUUAUAAACCAUUGAAUUUACGAUUAAUCUGUAAAAGCAAGGAUGAACGGAGGUGAAUAUGAGUACGAGAAUGAAAACGAGAGUCAUAUGAUGAUGAUAGAUGAUGAUGAAGACGAGGACGAAGAAGAGAUUACUCAAGAAGAUGCUUGGGCUGUUAUUAGUGCUUAUUUUGAAGAAAAGGGUUUAGUUAGACAACAACUUGAUUCGUUUGAUGAGUUUAUUCAGAAUACGAUGCAGGAGAUUGUUGAUGAAUCUGCUGAUAUUGAGAUUCGUCCUGAAUCUCAGCAUAAUCCUGGUCAUCAAUCUGAUUUUGCUGAGACAAUAUAUAAGAUAAAGUUCGGCCAAAUCUAUUUGAGUAAGCCUAUGAUGACUGAAUCAGAUGGUGAGACAGCAACAUUAUUCCCAAAAGCAGCCAGGCUAAGGAAUUUGACAUAUUCAGCUCCUUUGUAUGUUGAUGUUACAAAAAGAGUCAUAAGAAAAGGACAUGAUGGGGAAGAAACCACUGAAUCGCAUGAGCUUCCGAAGGUUUUUAUUGGGAAGGUCCCAAUCAUGCUUCGUUCAAGUUACUGUACACUCUUUCAAAAUUCAGAAAAGGAUCUUACAGAACUUGGUGAGUGCCCAUAUGAUCAAGGUGGUUACUUCAUCAUCAAUGGAAGUGAAAAGGUUCUGAUUGCUCAGGAGAAGAUGUCCACUAACCAUGUCUAUGUAUUUAAGAAGAGACAGCCCAAUAAGUUUGCCUAUGUAGCAGAAGUGCGAUCUAUGGCAGAGUCCCAAAAUAGGCCUCCUAGUACCAUGUUUGUACGAAUGCUGUCUAGAGCUGGAGCUAAAGGGGGUUCUUCAGGACAAUACAUACGUUGUACUUUGCCUUACAUCAAAUCAGAUAUUCCUAUUAUUAUAGUUUUUCGAGCUCUGGGAUUUGUUGCAGACAAAGAUAUUUUAGAGCAUAUUUGCUACGAUUUCUCUGAUACUCAGAUGAUGGAACUGCUUCGUCCUUCACUCGAAGAGGCAUUUGUAAUUCAAAAUCAGCAAGUUGCACUUGACUACAUUGGUAAAAGAGGAGCUACAGUUGGUGUUACUAAAGAAAAAAGAAUAAAGUAUGCCCGGGAGAUUCUUCAAAAGGAAAUGCUUCCGCAUGUUGGUGUUGGGGAAUAUUGUGAGACAAAAAAAGCUUAUUAUUUUGGAUACAUUAUCCAUCGUCUUCUAUUGUGUGCACUUGGUAGGAGACCUGAAGACGAUAGAGAUCACUAUGGUAAUAAGAGACUGGAUCUUGCUGGUCCAUUGCUUGGAGGUCUCUUUCGUAUGUUAUUUCGGAAGUUAACCCGAGAUGUCAGAGCCUAUGUUCAGAAGUGUGUUGAUCAAGGAAAGGAUCUAAAUCUUAGCUUUGCUAUCAAAGCUAAAACAAUUACUAGUGGACUCAAGUAUUCUUUGGCCACUGGGAACUGGGGGCAAGCUAAUGCUGCUGGUACGAGAGCUGGAGUUUCUCAGGUGCUGAAUCGUUUAACAUAUGCCUCUACAUUGUCACACUUGCGGAGGUUAAAUUCUCCCAUCGGACGUGAAGGAAAGUUGGCUAAACCUAGGCAGCUGCAUAAUUCGCAAUGGGGGAUGAUGUGUCCUGCCGAAACACCUGAAGGACAAGCUUGUGGACUAGUGAAGAAUCUUGCACUAAUGGUGUAUAUAACUGUUGGGUCUGCUGCUUAUCCGAUAUUGGAGUUUUUGGAGGAAUGGAGUACAGAGAAUUUUGAGGAAAUUUCGCCCGCUGUUAUCCCUCAAGCUACCAAGAUUUUUGUUAAUGGUUGCUGGGUUGGCAUUCAUCGUGAUCCUGAGUUACUGGUUAAGACAUUGCGGCAACUUAGGAGAAGGGUUGACGUAAAUACUGAAGUUGGUGUUGUUCGAGAUAUCCGGCUGAAAGAAUUGCGAAUAUAUACUGACUAUGGUCGCUGCAGUCGUCCUCUUUUUAUAGUUGAGAAACAAAGGCUGCUUAUAAAGAAAAAGGAUAUUCGGGCAUUACAACAAAGGGAGACUCCUGAGGAUGGUGGCUGGCAUGAUCUUGUUGCGAAGGGAUACAUAGAGUAUAUUGAUACAGAAGAAGAGGAGACUACUAUGAUUUCCAUGACCAUCAAUGAUCUAGUGACUGCACGGGUCAACCCGGAGGAGGCAUACUCUGAGACCUACACUCACUGUGAAAUUCACCCGUCUUUGAUACUAGGUGUCUGUGCCUCAAUUAUUCCAUUUCCUGAUCACAACCAGUCCCCACGUAAUACAUAUCAGUCAGCUAUGGGGAAGCAAGCCAUGGGUAUCUAUGUCACAAAUUAUCAGUUUAGAAUGGAUACAUUGGCAUAUGUUCUUUACUAUCCUCAAAAACCUCUUGUUACAACACGUGCCAUGGAGCAUUUGCAUUUUAGACAGCUUCCUGCUGGCAUUAAUGCUAUUGUUGCCAUUGCUUGCUAUUCUGGUUAUAACCAAGAAGAUUCUGUUAUUAUGAAUCAAUCUGCAAUUGACCGUGGAUUCUUCCGAUCUCUAUUCUUCCGCUCUUACAGAGAUGAGGAGAAGAAGAUGGGAACACUUGUCAAAGAGGAUUUUGGCCGCCCAGACAGAUCUAAUACUAUGGGUAUGCGGCAUGGAUCUUAUGAUAAGUUAGAUGAUGAUGGUCUUGCACCUCCUGGUACAAGAGUUUCAGGUGAGGAUGUGAUUAUCGGUAAGACUACACCACUUGCCCAGGAUGAAGCACAGGGGCCAGCUUCACGCUAUUCACGACGUGAUCAUAGUAUUAGCUUACGUCAUAGUGAGACUGGAAUUGUGGAUCAGGUUUUGCUGACAACCAAUGCAGAUGGUUUGAGAUUUGUAAAAGUGAGGGUGAGAUCUGUGCGUAUUCCACAGAUUGGGGAUAAGUUUAGCAGUAGGCAUGGUCAAAAGGGAACAGUUGGAAUGACGUAUACACAGGAGGAUAUGCCAUGGACUGUAGAAGGCAUCACUCCUGAUAUCAUUGUGAACCCUCAUGCUAUCCCUUCACGUAUGACAAUUGGACAGCUUAUUGAGUGUAUUAUGGGUAAGGUUGCAGCUCAUGUUGGGAAGGAAGGAGAUGCUACACCAUUUACUGAUGUCACUGUGGAUAAUAUCAGUAAAGCACUCCACAAAUGUGGGUAUCAGAUGCGUGGUUUUGAGACCAUGUAUAAUGGUCACACGGGGCGGAAACUCACUGCAAUGAUAUUCUUGGGACCUACUUACUACCAACGACUUAAGCAUAUGGUUGACGAUAAGAUCCACUCUCGUGGUAGAGGUCCUGUACAAAUUUUGACCAGGCAGCCUGCUGAGGGUCGAUCUCGUGAUGGUGGUCUACGUUUUGGAGAGAUGGAGAGAGACUGUAUGAUUGCCCAUGGUGCUGCCCACUUCCUUAAAGAGAGGCUGUUUGACCAAAGUGAUGCAUAUAGGGUUCAUGUAUGUGAACGUUGCGGGCUGAUUGCCAUUGCAAAUCUCAAAAAGAAUUCUUUUGAAUGUAGAAGCUGCAAAAAUAAAACCGACAUUGUCCAGGUGCACAUUCCUUACGCCUGCAAGCUGCUCUUCCAAGAGCUUAUGUCCAUGGCAAUUGCACCGCGAAUGUUCACUAAAGACGUCAACAAGUUGUCCAAGGAUCAGAAGAAAAAGGGUGCAUGAGCAGUUUUAUCCUGUGAAUUGACCGGUUAGUUCUUGAGGCGGAGAAGCCUUUUAAUUAGGCCUUUAUAGCUAAAUCGACUGGAGGUUUCAAGCCACACUCUCCUUUUGAUUUUUUGUGUAGCACAAAUUUCGUACUAAAUAGAAGUACGAAACAAUAUUCUAUAGAUCAAAAUUUGUAACUUGUUUAAACUAUUGAGUUUUACAUUCAUAGCCGAGAUUUUUGUAAUAUACCUCAAAAGUUUAUGAUUGGUUGAAUGAUUUUUCACGUCCAA